AAACUGAAUUCAGUUGAACAUGGCUCAAGAUACAGAGCAUUCGAGCGGUUUAUUCUCCAGCGAGACGAGGAACGAAUUUCGCCUGUACCUACACAGCCAUCCAAACAGUCGCCGCGUGUCACAGUCCGAACGAUGCAACAUCCUAGCAUGGUUGACGAACCCCGAAGUCCGACCCUCUUCCCAGCAGGAGUUUAGUCGACGUCACUAUGUUCAGAAGACUUUUGCAUGGGAUGCGACUCGACAAACUCUUGUUGCCGUGGCAACAGACAUGAAGAAGGAUCGCGACGUUAUUACCGAGGAAGACAUCGUGGACACAGUCGAAUUUGUUCACUUGAAGAACGGACACGCUGGAUGGGAUGCUACCUGGGAAGGAAUCAGCAGUUUUUACUAUGGCAUACUUCGGGCGGAUGUUAUUUUUCUUCUCAAGCAAUGUCCCGUGUGCGCUGAGGAUCCCCGCAAGCGCCCCAAGAGUCAAGCGAAAUCAGGAUCUCACUUGAUUGAGGAAGGUCCCUCGAAUUUCUUGACCAUCGACGACCUACUCCGUGACUCGGUAUCCGAUAUAACAGAGAGGGAGGGCAUGUUUGGAGAUCAAUCUUAACUCUUCAUUGAUCGCAAGUUCUGUAUGAAUUUGGACUGAGACGAAAGUCCAAGCAGUUCAUUCUCUACAUAUUCUUCCAUGGGUUCCUCCGGGAUAUUAUAUCUUCAAAGGAAUCUCUACUCAUAAAUACUCGGCUUGAUGGCCGUAAAGCCAUUGACAAUGCAUGAAAAACAGGCUCUAUUAAGACCCAAAUCGAU